UGAAUGGUGAGAUAUUAUUGCGUAGGAAAUUUAUAUCGGAUAUUUAUUCGAAAUGGAGGAAGAAGCUGAUUCUUAUUUUAAUGAUAAUUAUUGUGAUUGUAAAUGUGUUUGUGGUGAUACAAUAUCAGAGCCAAUAAGCGAAAACGUAGAUAUAUCAGGCCGCAAGGAAUUUAUUUUAUCAACUGUUACACGAACUGAAAAUUAUUUACGAGAACGACGUAUUCCUGAAUUAAUUCGGUUCCUAUUUACAAAGAUUAUAGCUCAUUCACCGGAUAAUCCUGUAGCUUUUCUUGAACAAUUAUUAGACGAUUGUAUGCUCUUUCGCGCGGGGCAUGGACUACCACCAGUUUUAUAUGAAAAUAGACACCUGGAAGCUAUAAUCAAAAGUUUCGAUCCUGCUUUACGAGGUUCGUUAAGUGCUGGACAAGUUCGACGUCUUUACAAUACGCUUGGUUUCAGUUAUUCAGAAAUUUCAGCCGAGAGGGUACCAUGUGACGAGGUUUUGAAAAACUUGAAAAACACUCAAGAGAAUGAUUUAGCUCAAUUAUUAGGAGCUGGUGUGAUGGAGGAAUAG